AUGAUCACUCAACUCGGCCUUUGGCUCUUCGUUACUUUUGGUCUUCAACUUGUCGAAUUAACGAUGAUUAGCUUUAUGAUGAAUCUAGUCUCGGAUUUGUCAACUCUAAGCGAAGCCUACAUUGGGCUAGCAAUCAAUAAACAAAUGCGUGGGAAAUUGAUUGAGAUUUUUCACAAAAUCAUCGACAUCAAAUCGAUAUCGCAACGCGUUGACAUUACUUCA